AUGAACCGCUUCAGAGUAUACGCAACCAAGACCCUCUCGGGCACCGUGGCUUCGCCGCGUACGUUCCACGCGUGCAAGCUCAGCCACGACUUCGGCUCCGCGCCGGCCCCCAAGCCGGCACAACAACAACAAAACAAUACCAUCGCAGCCGCGGACAUCGAGUCCGACGUCCAGAAGCUGGCGGCGCUGGUCAAGAGCGCCAGGGCCGCGACCGAGCGGAUCGAGGGGCACGUCGGCGUGCGGGGGUGUAUCGUGGACGACGGCCGCAAGCUUGCGGGUCCGCUGUACAGGGCGAUCGGGUUCGAUGUGAACGUCUUUCAGAAGGUGGACAAUGCGGACGUCAUUCGCCGGAAGUUGGCCUCGUCAUUUUCGAGCAAGGUUGAGGUCAAGGGCGAGGGAGAGGGCGGGGGAGGUGGGGGAGGUGCUUGGACGGCUGGAGGCGGUGGAGAGAGAGUCGAGGGUGCCGGCGGGGGGAAGGGGAAACUGGAGGGGUGGGAGAUUUCUUGA